CGGGCGGAAGUGACGACGCUGCGUGACGAGAGUUCCUGUUUGCGGAGGAGGAGAGGUGCCGCCGCCGCCGCUGCCGCCACUGCGCCGGGCUCCGCGCGGGAGGGUAACGGCCGCGCUGCCGAGGCUGCGGCGCCGGACUUUAAAGACCAGCUGUUGUUAACCAAGACAACUGUUGAAACAUGGUGGAUUACUAUGAAGUUCUGGGAGUGCAAAAGCAUGCCUCACCAGAAGAUAUUAAAAAAGCGUACCGUAAAUUGGCAUUAAAAUGGCACCCUGAUAAAAAUCCAGAUAAUAAAGAAGAGGCAGAGCGGCAAUUUAAACAAGUAGCUGAGGCCUAUGAAGUUUUAUCAGAUGCUAAAAAACGUGACAUCUAUGACAAAUAUGGAAAAGAAGGCUUAAUAAAUGGAAGUGGAGGGGGAAGUCACUUUGAUAAUCAGUUUGAAUUUGGAUUUACAUUCCGGAACCCAGAAGAUGUCUUCAGGGAGUUUUUUGGUGGAAGGGACCCCUUUUCAUUUGACUUCUUUGAAGAUCCUUUUGAGGACUUUUUUGGGGGCAGACGAGGUCCAAGGGGAAGCAGAAGCAGAGGUGGUGGAUCUUUUUUCUCUGCCUUUGGUGGAUUCCCUGCUUUUGGAAGUGGUUUUUCUUCAUUUGACACAGGUUUUACUUCGUUUGGUCCAUUGGGACAUGGAGGCCUCACUUCGUUCUCCUCUACGUCAUUUGGUGGCAGUGGGAUGGGUAACUUCAAAUCAGUAUCAACUUCAACUAAAAUAGUUAAUGGCAGAAAAAUUACUACGAAGAGAAUUGUUGAGAAUGGACAAGAGAGAGUAGAAGUUGAAGAAGAUGGCCAGUUAAGGUCGCUAACAAUAAAUGGCGAGGCGGACGAGGAGGCCUUCGCCGAGGAGUGCCGCCGGAGAGGCCAGCACGCGCUGCCCUCGCAGCCCGCCGCCGCCCCCCGCCUCCUGAAGCCGCACAAGCCCGCCGGCCCGCCCAGGUACGCCUGCCCCUCCGGCAGCGACGAGGCGGACGAGCAGGACCGAGCCCGCGGCGCCGGCAGCUUCGAGAGCCCUUUUUAUUUAUCAGGACACAAAGAAGGCAGCAAGAGGAGGAAGCAGAAGCAGAGAGAGGAACAGAAGAAGAAGAAGUCAACCAAAGGGAGUUACUAAAAUGGACUUCUUUGCGAUGCCAAAACCUUUAUAAUAAUGACAACUUACGUUACAUUUGAGCACACCUCCUUUGUGUAUAUUUUUUGAUUGUUCACACUGCUAGUAAGGAAGUGACUCGUGUUUAAAACUGUACUAAAAUUGCACUAUAUUAUUCUUUCUAGUUUCACGGAGUGGCUUUCUUGCCAGUCAGGUAGGGGAAUUCGUAUGAGGCUGAGCUUGGUUAGAAGUGUGUUAUGUUUGAAGAUGGGAAAGCGUUGCAGAGUUUCUUACCUCUUCCUUCCCUGGGACUAAAACUACUCUAGUCCAGUGUGCGUUUGUUUUCUCGGCUCACGAGGCUUGUGAAAACACCUCUUUGUUCGGUUGCUGUAGCGUCACCCGGCCCAUCCAACGAAGGGUGACGCCUCAAUCCCGUCGCUCACGGCACUGAGAGCAGGGUUGAGGCACUAGCUCUUUUACAGUCACUUAUGCAAACCUUAUGAAUUACUUUUACGUUUUUUUUUUUCCCCAGGUUGGGCAGCGAAGGUUUGUCCCUGUUAUUGAAAUGUUCCUUCAUUUUAAAUUGUAUCGUGACGUUAUAUCCUCUCAUUUUAAGAAAGCUAGGAUGUUGGCAGUCUCCAGUAAGCACUCCUACUGAUUUCUUUAAACAUAAUAGACUCCCUAUGAAUCAUUUAGUGAAAUCAUUCCUUAUUUUAAAAUUUUUAGUUUGUGGAAUUAGAGACAAGUGAUCUAACUGCGACUUUAAAACUGCUCUUUGUUUCUGCUGAGUAGAUUUUAGAUAACAAACAUUUUUUCAGGAUCCGGAGAAGAUUUUUAUCAAGUUGUUUCUGCAAGAACAUGCACCUUUAUGUAUGGAAGUAUUUUACAUCAGUUUUAUUGCAGGACUAAUUUUUUUUAGCUUGAAAAUAUUUCUUCAGUUUCAAAGAAAUAUAUAUUUUCUGGCAAGAUUACUUCCUUGCUUCCCAUGGUUGUCUCACGUGCAUGAUACAUUGCUUCUUUUAACCAUGCAGUUUGUGUAGAGUCCUGUUGCCUUAAGCACUUACCUGCAUGUUUCCUGUCAGUAUGUUGCCUCCUCUUUUAACCUCCAAGUAGAAGCUAUCAGUCCGUGGUUUUGUUUUGUUUCUUUUGUCUUUUCCUCUUGCCGAUAUGUUGUUGAUGUAACGAACUUGAACUUAAACCUGGCAAUAUUGAAAUUCCACAGUUCCUGGAGAAACUCACUCAUCCUAACUUUAAAAAGAAAAAUGUAGCGAUGCAAAUGAUGUAAGGAAGACGCUAAAGGAAAAUCAAGUCUGCUUUCUAGCCUGGUUCGAUAUAAAGGAUUCUGAUGUCUGUGGUAUUCGAAUGGUUUAACUUCUCGUGCUUACGUUAUGUAAUGUAACCUUAAGCAAACAUAUAACCUUACGUGAGCUCUGUUAAGGUAUUUAAAUUAUGGUUAAUAUGAAAUAAGACUGAGUACUGGUUUUCUGUCACUUAAGUACCACUUUAUUUUUUGUUUUGUGCAGUGUUACUAAUAUUUAAAAAUAAAGAAAAUUCUCCUUUA